UCUAAUUACCGAAUUUGGACCUGGGGAAUUCUGAAAGAGGAAUGGCUAGGGCGGGGGCCCUGGAGGCUUGGGGUGACCCGCCCCGCAGGGCUUUCUGGCCCUGGUGCCGGCCGGAGCCGGGUCCCCUCUCCUGCCUAGGCGGGCGAGGCGCUUGCAACCUUCCUUUUUCCACCAGCCAGGGUGUUGGCGAGUUAGACCUCCCAGCCUCACGGGGCUGCUGUGCGGCUGCGACGACGUUGGCGACUGCAGCGCUGCGGCGGAGACGAAGGGCUCGGGAGGCGGCGCCAUGGGCUGGUGAUUGCAGCUGGAAGUGUCCAUGACCGAGCUGGAGUCCUCCGGGGGCGGGUCCCCUGUGGGGGACGGGGAGGAGGGUCUGGGGGACGAGCGAGGCCUGGUCAUCCACCACCCUGCGGAGGAGCAGCCCCACCGCUGCCUGCUGUGCGGCCAGACCUUCUCGCAGCAACCCAGCCUCGUGAGGCACCAGAAGGCGCACGCCGGGGCGGGCCGCGCGGCCUCCUUCGUGUGCCCGGAGUGCGGCAAGGCUUUCAGCGUGAAGCACAACCUCGAGGUGCACCAGCGCACGCACACGGGGGAGCGACCCUUCCCCUGCCCCGAGUGUGGCCGCUGCUUCAGUCUCAAGCAGAACCUGCUCACGCACCAGCGCAUCCACAGCGGCGAGAAGCCACACCAGUGCGCGCAGUGCGGCCGUUGCUUCCGGGAGCCGCGCUUCCUGCUCAACCACCAGCGCACCCACGCGCGCAUGCCCGCGCCGCACCCGCGCCGCCCCGGCGUCUUCGGGGAGCGGCGGCCCUACUUCUGCCCGCGCUGCGGCAAGAGCUUCGCGCGCGAGGGCUCGCUCAAGUCCCACCAGCGCAGCCACGGCCACGGGGCCGAGGGCCAGGCGGCCCACCUAGGCCGCGUGCUAUGACAAGCACGUGGCCUGCCACCCUCAGCUGCCUCCAGGCCCAGAGCGGCGUCCCGGGGCCCUGGAGAUGGAGCUGGGCUGAGGCCCUCUCUCUGGACAGGAUCCCGGGAGAGGGACAACACUGGCUUGGGGUGUCAAGUUUAAGACCGGAUGCAGCUGCUUUGGGCUCUUGCGUUGGUUUUCCUCGGGCUCUUGUAGCCUUAAGCAGAUGUGAAGUGAGCAGGACCUCAUGGCCCAGAAGGUGCCGGGCACAUCUGGGCACAGAGACUAGGAAUGGAGUCCCAUGGGAACCUGCAUGGCACUGCACCCUGGCAUGAGGACACAUCCUCUAAGAAGAUCUACCUUGGGAGGUGCCCUGCAGUGACCUGUAGAGGUGACCUGAUGGAACCUGGAAUUAGAGGCCAAUUCCAAAACCUGGUGGGAAAACCCCCCAGGCCUCGAGGGAGUCACAGCAGGGGCAGGCCUCCUGCUGGCUUCCAGGCCACGGAUCUCUACUCUCAUGUGGCUGCAGGGAUGGCAUCUGUGGCCUUUCUGCUCCUGCCUGGUCCGCCAGUCAGCUAAAAUUCAGAGACAGGAAGUGACUAGUCUAAGUUAACGCAGCAGGUCAGCGGCAGGUCAGGCUUGAGGGCAGAACCUUGCCCCUGUGUGAACCAUUCCUGCAGGCUUCAUUUCCUUUCUGAGCCAGGAAGGUUGUUAACACUUUGGGGUCACGUGGCCCUUUGAAAAUUUAUGAAAAUUGUGGACCUUCUCUCCAGGAAAACAUGCAUACUCACUUAGACUCAAAAAUUCCAAGCAAUUUCAGGAGCUGUUGGACUCCAGACAAAGAACCUCAGCCCUGGAGGCUUCAUCUGCCACCCUUCCCUUACCUGACACAGAGCCCAAGCUAAGGCUGCCAUGCAAGCAGUGUUUCUCUCUCCCCUGACCUCGUUCCCUUGUUUGGGAAUAAAGAAUUCUGAGGUGGAGAUUCAUAUAGUCAAUCCCUUCUCUCAGACACCAGUGCACCAGAUUUCUGGAACCUAAUUUCCCUUCCCCUGACGUCACUGGAGAUUCCCUGGACUGGUUUGCUCCUCUGCAUUUGUUUCGUGUUCUGCCAACAGGAUGCUGGCUUGUGAAAUGGAGCCUCUGCUCGGCCUGGGCUCUGAUUUCACUGGGAGGUGUCAGGGAAGCUGGACUCUGAGGAGGUGGAAGAAGCACCAGUAAGCCCACCCAGGGAAAAGGAAACCGGUCACACUCAGACAAGGCUCCUGCCCCACCAGGGCAGCCCCAGGCAGUGUCCUGGGGGAGAGCUGGGGAGGAAGACGCUAGAGCCCUGCUGCUGGUGCCUGUGGCUGGUGGGAGAGGCAGGUGCAGAAGCUGUGUUGCCCCAAGCAGAUGGGUACAAGUGGAGGGGCCAGGCUCCAGGCCAGCUGCAGAGCUUAGUCUUCACACCUGAGCAGGUCAUCCUGGAGCCCACAAAGCUCACCUGCCUCCCCAGAAUGAACUUCCCAUCAGAAAAGGUGGGACCCACUGGGUUGGGAUGGAAGCCAAUGGAUUCCUGCCCUGGGUUCCUGCUGCUCCUAUCCCCCAGACAGUUUGGCACCUAGAUUCUUCCUGGACACCUACUGUAUAGAAUUGCAGAAUGCUCGGGGGAAAUAGAGAAAGGGGAGCCACUCCCUGCCCUGGAGGCUUCCAUGCGGCUCUGGUCCUUGGCCAAUCUAGGGAGAACCACAACAGCACACCCUCUCUCUGCUAAUUGUUCAGCUUGUCUCCUUGCCGUACCUGUGCUGUGCCUUCCCUGGUAUUGCUCGGAAACGUCCCCCUUCUAUCCUCCUCUCUACUGAGCCCUCCGUAUCCACAGGKUUGGGCUUCCUUCUCUGUAUAGGACCUGUGUGAACAUACUGUCACCCCUGAGUACACUGUGCUGUCUAGUCUUGUGCUUCGGUUUCCUCUGUAUGUAUGUGCGUGCGCACAUGUGUGUCUUGAGUCUCCAACUAGACUGAGCUCCCUGAGGGCAAGGACUGUGUCAUUUCUUUUUGAACCCCGGCUGGUCUAGCACAGGGCUGGACUCAUAACUCUCAGGAAACACUUGUCAACUGGCUGAUGAAGCAAGUGCUGGAGCGUGGGGGGUGGGGAUGGGAGGAGCGUGAGGGGAGAGGGCAUAUGAGUUAACUAGUGGGUGCGUUUUAUUGGGCUGUGGACUGGCUCCCCUGGGUCUCCUCUUCUGGAGGCCUCAGGUCUUCCACUACUUGGAGGCAGUGGAUGCAGGAGGAACCCCCACCCCCACCCCUGCCCGUGACUACGCAGGACUAUACGGAAAGGGUCGUCCAGGCUGGCURUUUUUGGAGGUC